AUGCGUCUCUGCUUCUCCUGCUGUGAAAGGCAAGACCUGCCCAUCUGCAUGGGUUCGGGAUCUGGAAAAGAGAACUCACUCUCGCCAAAAUGGAGCAAACUCUAUAUUUCAUUCUUCUUCUCGUUGUCUCUCUCUAGUUUCUGCUUGUGCUCUGUUUGGUUUCCAGAUAAACUGAUUGUGAUCAGAGAUAAUCUGACGUGGUCUGAAGCUCUGAGAUACUGCAGACAGAAUCAUGUGGAUCUGGUCUCGGUUCAUUCAGAAGAGAUUCAGUGUCGUGUGAUGAACGUGGUACACCUGGCGUCUACUGCGGAGCUGUGGUUGGGUUUACGUCACUCCUGCACUGUGGGCAUCUGGUUCUGGGUGAGUGGAGAGACCGUGUGCUAUCAGAACUGGGCUCCAGGGAACGGCACAUCAGAGGAGGACUGUGAACACACAGUGAGAUCUGGAGCAGUUCAGUCUGGAGGAGAUCAGCGCUGGAUCAGCCGUCCUGAAACUGACAAACUCAACUUCAUCUGCAGCAGAUAUUAAGAGUGAAAGGAAACACAAACCUUCAUGUGAGGAAACAAGUGCUUGUGUGUUCACUUCCUUUAACUUCA